AUGCGGCCCCCGCCACUUACCUGGACGGCCCCGCCACCUACAUACGCGGCCCCCGCCACCUACCCUCGCGGCCCCGCCACUACCUACCCCCCCCCGCCACCUGCGGACGGCCCCGCCACUACUUGCGCGGCCCCGUCACCUACCUGCGCGGCCCUCGCUACCUACCUGGCGGCCCCACCAGUAUCUGACGGCCCCGCCCCCGCUCUUACCUGCGGCCCCGCCGUGCAACCCAGCAACCGAGCCGCCCGGCAGCGGAGCCGCCCUGCAGCCGAGCAGCCGAGCCGCCUGUCAGCCCAGCCGCCCAACAGCCGAGCCGCCGAGCCGCCCAGCCGCCCAGCAGCCGAGCCGCCGAGCCGCCUAGCAGCCGAGCCGCCGAGCUGCGCAGCAGCCGAGCUGCCGCGCCGCCGGCCCGCCCACAACCCGAGCCGCCGAGCCGCCCAGUUGCCGAGCCACCCAGUUGCCGAGCCGCCGAGCCGCCGAGUCGCCCUGCCGCGCGAGCCGCCCGAGCCGCCCUGUCCGGGUCUGGCCAUUGACUUUGAUGUCUGGGUAGACGACCUGCAGUUUUUCUUACAGUGCGAUAGGGCAGACGGCCUCUCCCUAUUUGACCUCACUUCUAGUGCCUCUCCUGCCCCCGCUGCUGAUGCUGACGCCACUGUUCACUCAUACUGGGCCACGCGCGAUGCUGCUGCACGUCUUGCUGUGCGUCGCCACCUGCCUACCUCUGAGCGGGCGCACUUUAGCCAGUACAAGAGUGCCCAGACCGUGUACGACGCUUUAGUUGCACGCUACUCCUCCCCCGCCACUGCUGCACUGAGCCGCCUAUGUCGGUCGGUGCGGCGUUUGCCCCAAGUGGGAGACUUCGCCCUGGUAGAGGCAAGGGGGGCAGGGGCGCUGGAGGAGCUAGCGGGGGCGGUGGAGGCGGCGGUGGAGGCAGCGGAGGGGGUGGGGGUGGUGGUGGGAGUGGUGACGGGGGCGGAGAUGUCAGUAGCGGCAGUGGAGGCGGAGGCGGCGGCGGCGGCGGUGGGAGUGGAGGUGGUGGAGGUGGUGGAGGUGGUGGAGGCGGUGGUGGAGGAGGAGGAGGAGGAGGACGAGUAG